AUGAAUGGGUCAAUCAAGCACGUGAGACUCGCCUUGCUGAAUGCAGUGUUGAGCACAAGUGCCUUUCAUCUCGGUAACAACACUGCUUGUCAGGGUAAUUGGAAGGCAUCUGGCGAGAUGUACCUGAGACGUGCUCAAUGUCACUUUCAAAAAUGCAUGGAAGAAACAUGCUUGUCGACUACUAAGACGAGCAAGUACAAGGAGAUUUUGAUGGCCAUUCUGAGUCUUUCAAACGCAUUUAUGUUCAAAGGAGACCCAGACAAGCGACGUGCCUAUCUCAUUCAAACCGAAAAAUUUAUUCGUAUCAGAGGAUUGAGUCGGCCAAAGCUGUCUCCAAAGAAACGAGCACUACAUCACUGCUAUGCAUUUAUGAGAAUCAUGGCCGAAACAACCUGUGUCGCCGACAUCUUAAACAAACGACCACUUGAAACUAGCGAAGGAACAGUUGACGGUACAAUAUAUGAAGGAGACUUCCGAAUAUCUCCCAACCUAGCUUUUUCCGCAGACGCAAUGACCGAGGAAAAGGAUCCGGAGAUGGGACAGCGGGAUCUCCACCUUGCAAUCCCAGGCCGCUGGAGCUCCACACUGUUUCCAACAGUGUACGGAGUCGACGAGCUAUUCCUCAUGCUUCUAUCCCAAGUAAUUCGACUUGCCAACGAGCGCGACCUGUCAACAACGUGCAAUGGGAACCAAGAAGAGCGACUAAGCUUGAAGGAGUUCUGGAUACGAGCAAAAGCUAUUGAGAAAGCUAUCAACACGUUGAUAUCUUCUUCAACAACUGGAGACACCCAGUCCCACGACAACCACUUCCUGCAGAAUGACAAGUCCACAACAGCCCAAGCAAUGUCCAUGUCUCUCCUCAUCUUCUUCUAUCGCAGAAUAUAUGAAGUCGACCCUGCAAUGCUUCAAUGCAAAGUAGCUUCCAUGCGCACCUACUUGAUAAAGAUCCAACAAGACGAAAUCCACUCGAAGGAUGGUAGCAGCGCUGCACUCAUAUGGCCUGCAUUUAUUGCUGCGUGUGAAGCAGUGGAGCCAGACUUGCAGCUUUUCUUUUCUUCCUGGUUUGACUACUGCUUUGCGACUACUGCAUUAGUGUAUGCAUCAGUGGCAAAGCAAAUAUUCGAGACAAUCUGGACUAAGAGGUCUAAGGCGGGGCUUCAUGGGGAGAUCUUUAGUUGGCCGGAUAUUUUAAGGGAAGGGAAUAUUAAGUUUACUUGUGUAUAA